CUCCUCCGAAGAUGGCGGCCCGCACGAGCCCCUCAUGCUAGGCGCGCGCCGCAGCCCCAGCCCGCCUCCAGGGCCCGCGGAGAGCUGCUUCCCCCGCCGCCUCAGCCGCCGCCGCCUCGCUCCCCUCAGCCGCCUCAGCAGCCGCAGCCGCAGCGGAGCGCCGCGCAAGGUCGCUGAAAAGUGCCUUCCUUGAAACUGGCAUCGCUACAGCUGCUUCGACCCCCGACUUGGGCUUUCCCUCACCUGCACUCCGAAGGGGAUCGAGAGCGCCCACGACUCACAGCCGCCUUCGAGCCCUUCUGCCCGCCCCCUUCUUUGGAAAGAAGCCCCCCUCUAUUGCUGCUCGGUGCGUGUGGGACAUCUCGGCCAGCCGUUGAACCGCCAUCACUUGUCUUUUCCCUCACCUUUUCCCAUUCGGUUCGCUCGGUCAUCUUUGUGCCCCCUUUUUCUUCCCAACUAUGUAACAAACUCGAUCCUGUACAAAAAAGAAACGAAGAAGAAAGACAAAAACACAAGAGGAAGGAAAUAGAGAGAGGGAAAAAAAGAGAAACUUUUCUUCCACCAGUGGUAUUAACACUUGCAGCUUUUGCAAAUGUUUCAGGCACAGGAUGAAAGGAUAGAAACUUGCUAAAGGUUUCUUUUCUGCCAAGCAACAAAAACCAUUCCCUCAGCCUGUACCCUUGCAGCUGCGUUUUCUUGGACUGAUCUGGUUUUGUGGGAGGAUAGUGGAAACCCAUAACUUGAGAGCACAGAAACCUGUGAGGACGCAGUAACAGAGGAAAGCGAGUUGUUUUGAAAUAAUUUUGGCAGUGGCACAAAACAUUACAUAUAUAUAUAUACAUAAAUAUAUAUAUAUACAUAUACAUAUAUACAUAUAUAUAAAAACAUAUAUAAAUAUAUAACAUUUCUAUUUUAACUUUGACAAUUGCACUUUUAGGAGCUGGCCUCUAAUUUGAUUUUUUUAGUUAAUUCUGAUGAGAUUUCUAUUUUAUGAUUGGCUAAAAGUUUAACCUUUUCUUUUCGACAAGCAUAAUUUGAGUUCGAUGAAACCUAAGUGCUGACGAAUAGAAAUUUUACCAAAGCAACAAAGUUAUUUCUUCACAUUUUUAACUUGAAUUUCCUUUUGAUAAAGAAAUCCCCCCGACACACACAUACACACACACACACACACACACAGACAUUUUCCCUUUCUUCAAAAGAAAUCAUUAGUAUUCACCCGAAGAACGUCGUGUUCCCCUUUUCCUCUCCUUUUUACCCCCUUUUGGGGGCAGUUUUUUAAAUAUGGCGCUGAACGUUUCCUUGGUCCGUGACACAAAAUGGCUGACGCUGGAAGUCUGUCGGGAGUUCCAGCGAGGAACCUGCUCUCGUUCUGACACAGAGUGCAAGUUUGCCCACCCUUCCCGGAGCUGCCACGUGGAAAACGGACGCGUUAUCGCCUGCUUUGAUUCCCUGAAGGGUCGGUGCACUCGAGAAAACUGCAAAUACCUUCACCCUCCACCACACUUAAAAACACAACUUGAAAUCAACGGGCGCAACAACUUGAUCCAGCAAAAGACAGCCGCUGCCAUGUUUGCACAGCAAAUGCAGUUCAUGGUGCCUGGAGCUCAGCUGCAGCCGAUCACAACGUUUCCUGUGACUCCUUCGCUUGCAACCAGCCCCACCAUGGCGUUCAGCCCCUACUUAAGCCACGUUUCUCCAGGGAUGGGCUUGAUGCCUGCAGAGCUCUUACCAAACACCCCCGUUCUGGUGUCCAGCAACCCUGCGGUUUCGGUACCCGGUGGCUCCGCGGGGCAGAAACUCAUGAGGACAGAUAAAUUAGAGGUGUGCCGAGAGUUUCAGCGUGGAAAUUGCACGCGGGGCGAGAACGACUGCCGCUACGCUCACCCGAUCGAUAUUGCCAUGAUUGACACCAAUGAGAACACGGUCACGGUGUGCAUGGAUUACAUCAAAGGCCGAUGCUCCAGGGAGAAAUGCAAGUACUUUCACCCCCCUGCGCAUUUGCAAGCUAAAAUCAAGGCAGCUCAGCACCAGGUGAAUCAGACUGCUGCAGCCGCAAUGACACAGCCAGCUCUCCGAUCACAGAAGCGACCCCUGGAGGCAAACUUUGACCUGGCAUUGCCACCUGGUGCCCUUCAACCUUUACCAAAGAGGCCAGCACUUGAAAAAAACAACGGUGCCACCACAGUCUUCAGCCCAAGCGUUUUUCACUACCAGCAGGCCCUUGCCAACAUGCAGUUGCAACAGCCUGCCUUUAUCCCAACAGGGUCUGUGCUGUGCAUGGCACCCGCAGCAAACGUUGUUUCCAUGAUGCACGGUGCUACGCCCACCACUGUUUCUGCAGCAACUACACCCGCCACCAGCGUUCCUUUCGCUGCAACUGCAACAGCCAAUCAGAUCUCCCAGUUAUCGGUCGAUGAACUGAACAGCAGCAUGUUUGUGUCCCAGAUGUAGAAGCCAGACAACACGUCCUGUUGGCCUCCUGGAGCAGAAACGGUGGCACCCCCUGUGCGUCUUGUUUCCUUCUCCUCUCCCGGUGGGAAGCUGAAGUGGGCUCUCUGUGCUUUCUGCCCCCUUUUCCGUCUCUCCCUCCGGCAUCGACAGUAAGCCUACGGCAAACAUCCAUGUUAACCAAAAACUGAUCUGUGGGAAUGUCAAAACAAUUUUUUUUUAAAAAAAGCACUAUAUAUAAAAAAAACGAUUAAGAAAACAGUGCUCUGUUAUAUGAGACAUAGAAGUAGAGAACUAUAAAAUAGACUUUUAUAACACCUUACUUUAACACACUUUUUUAAAAGUGGGGUUUUAUUUUUUCCUGUCUACCAUCAAGACAAAGUGCUCUUGCACAGUGGACUUAACUAGGUUAAUUGUUCUAUCGUCAAUGGAUAAAUGUUUGUCUGUUUUUCAAAGUGUUAUCUUAAUGUUUUGUUUACAUCCUAGUCUAUAUUGACUUUAUUUGGAGAGACAAAAAAAAGUUGUACAUCAUUAUCAAGUAUAUUCCACACCAUUUUUUUUUCACGAUCAUGAUACCUUACAUUUUCAUAGAUGACCGUUGUUAUCAAUUUCCCUUCCCCUCCCCCUUUUUGAAACGAUAUGCUAUAAAGGUUGCAAUGGGAAACAGGAAGGCCUUGCUUUUAAAAAAACAACAACGGAAGAUCUGAAGAUAUUCAGACAGGUUGCAGGUGGUUUCUGAUCAGGUUGAUUUCUAAACAUUGCAAAUAGUGCAAAAAGCAAAAAGAAAAACCACUUGUCUGGAAACAGACCAGAAAGUAAAAAUGGACCAGGGACUAAAUGCUGAAGAAUUUUCACUGGAGGGCAGAAAGUAUUGGCCAGAAAAAAAGAUUUCUGUUUUCAGUUACAAUUUCCUGCAGUAUGUGGCCUUCAACUUCCUAAUACUUUAGUGACUAGGUUUUAAAGAAAUCAUGUUGAAGAAGAUUGAUUCUUUUUAUUAAACAAAAAAAAAAUGGGCCUUUUUUACCGUCAAAAUCAAAGUUAAUCUGUAAUAUAUACAGAACAAAAAAAGAAACAGGCGUAACCCAAGAUAUGGGGUUAUCUUAGAUCAGAUAAGUAGCACCAAGCAGAUGCCUCAGUUCUCCAUUCGCUACUUCUCUUGCCAAUAAUAACGUUGAUUAAUUAAAGGGCACUUAGAAAACCUACGCAUGGACAGCAUUUCCAUCUGUCAAUUGCAAAAGGCUGCCCUAACUUGGAACCACUUGUGUAUUGCACCAAUACAUUAUAACCUCCCAGGUCCUUGGGAAGAUCUGGAUGGGUAUGAAGGCCAAACCCAGCUAAAGAGCUGGCAGCUGUGAUUUCACAUCGCUGUGUAUGUAAUAGUAACGAAUUUCCUUGCCUCCAAUCAUGUAGAGAAACAAAACAAGUCUUAACAGCUUUCCCAGAAAUUUUCAUUUUCUUUUUCAAAUAGGUUAACGCUUUCCUGUCCGUAAGCAACUGAUUUUACAAAUGUAGAGUUUAGGAUUUAGGAUCUGGAGGUAAUUCUAGAUGCAUUCGCCCUCAGAGCUCGUUUGUUUUAAUUCGGUGAGCUUGGCAUCCCCGUACAAAUGGUUGGAUGAAGAACCAGCUGGUGCUCCGUUCUGAAACAUGAGAGUCUUUGGUCAUUUUUACUUUCGGGGGUCAAAUCGGGGGUGUCCAAUCUUGGCAACAUUAAGACCAAUGGACUAAGACUGGGGGAUUCUGGGAGUUGCCAAGGUUGGACAGCCCUGAGGUAAAUUGAGAUGCCUUUCCAAAAUUGGAACCCCAUAAAAUCCAGAAACAAGGAGAGCCGCUGAUUGAUGGAAACAUGGAAAUCGGCCUCCGGAGAACUAAGCCCUCUGGUGCUACUUUGAAGACUUACCGAAUAUUCAUCUAACUCCUUAAAUUUGGCAUCCUGGCACGUCUGAAUGUCCUUCAGGUCCUGGUUGCAGACUUCCUGUUUCCUGGCUUUGUAACCGAGUUAAUGGAGAAAAACAGGAUUUGAAUACUCCUUAGGAGCAGAUAGUUAUAUAUUUUAAAGAUGGUGGCGGCAGCGGUGGCGAUGAUGAUGAUGAUGAUGAUAUGGGAUUUGCACAACCUGUGGCAGUGCCUCUACAGAGAACAUCCCUGAUCUCUAGUUGGAAAGAUGAUUAGACACAUGCACACACACACACACACACACUUGUGUACACAACGCCGGUGUUAGCUUUACGUUCUUCAAAGCGAGGAGGCGGAGCAUCCGUUUUUCAGUGCGACGUAGAUGGAGAUUUGUGUAAUCUUGUCACUUUGAUGUAACUCUUUCCGGUUUUCUCUGAAUGAUGUUGAGAAGCAAAAAAUAUAUAUAAUUCUUGCGUAGAUGUGCACGGAAUGUAAGCCUAACACAUUUCCACAGCAUUCAGUUUCACAGCUUUUAAAAGUGCUCGGAAGGAUGUAGGAGCCAAAAAAAAAAAGGGUGGGGGUAGUAGGAGAGAUUGACUCCUAGCUAUCUUUAUCAAAGUGUCCUCUAACCUGUUGAAAAACCUCCUGCAACAGACAUUGAAACCCAUCAUACGACCACACACAUAGCACAUCUCACAUGCACGCACACACAUGCACACACUUUAUAUGGAGAUCCAGUGAUAGGUGUGUCAGGGUAACUUUUCUAGGUGCCACAAGAAUUUUUUCUUUCUUCUUGUUUUUUAAUAUCAACUUUUGCAAAUUUAGUGUUUGUUUGUAAGAGAGAGAGAGGGAAAAAAAGUUUUGAGGAAGAAGAAGAAGAAGAAGAAAAAGCAAAGCUUGAAGCUUUGGAAACUUCACCAAAUUUCAACCCGAGGGUGGGAAUAGAAAUGCCAUUUGUGAGGGUAGCACUAUUAAAAGAUUGUUUGUGCAAUGACUUCUUUAUUCAAGAAAGAAAGAAAAAGAAAAAAAAAACACAGUCGGCAGACUAUAAAUUCCUUAGGAGCUGCAUUCUGUCUACAAAGUCGCUGAGCUAUUUGGUGACUCUAAAAUCAAAUCUCCCGAACCCGGAUUCAGGUGUGAACUUGAUUCCAGAGAUUUUUCUAUAAAGAUUGUUCAAAUCUGUAUGUGAGUUUUAACGACUUAUUUUUUAAAAAAAAACUGGCGCAGGUGGAUCCAAGCCUGCGUGUUCCUUUUUUUUUUUAAUUUAUCCAAAGUUCUUUCUCUCAAAAAGUAUGCAUGUGGUUAUCGAUUGGUGUACGCGUGCCCAUUUUCUCUCAGCCUUAUGCAAAUAAUAUGCAAGAAAUGCAGAAAACUUGAAUAAAACGGGUCAUUGCAGAGGGAAAACGGAAAAAGCUGAUUGGUCGUUUUUGAGGGGGGAAAGUUGUUAGCCAUUCCAUUAAAAGAAAAAUAAAAAUAAAAAAGAACAUGUGUUCCUAAACCUUGAACAUGACAUGCACAAAAACUAGAGAGGGUUUUAGAAGUCGGUGGAUCUGUAAAAUGAUGAUUCUUAUCUUAAAAGUACAGUGUUCUGAUGGAUUAGAUUAUUUUUUCAUAAUCAACCCUGUUCGGUUUGGUUUUUUUACAAAAAUUAUUUAGCAUAAAGGGAUUUUUUUUUUUUUUUUUUUUGUAAAGUGGUGUAAUUUUUGCAAUAUUGUGUGAAAUUCUCUCCCCAGCCCCGUUCCCAGAGCCAGCCCCCCUGCCCUUGGCGAAAGUCUUGCCAAGCAGUUUCAACUCCUUGCAAAAGAGAUCCUCAGUUUUGGCCUGGCCAAGAUGGCCCCCGAUUCCUCCCAGCCUCCUUAUUUUUCAGUCUUGCUAGUCAACCUGCCUUAAAUCCUGGGAAAGCCAGUGAAGCGAUUCAUUAAGUGAGCCAAGAAAUGAGAUUCAUUUGGUUUUGCUUAGAAGUGGAAUGAAUGUGCUGGAAGGGACCUCAGAGGUCUUCUAGUCCAGCCCCCUGCUCUUCUCAAGCAGGAGAACCUAGACCAUUUCAGACAGGUGACUGUCUAGGGCUCUUUUAAAAACAUCCAGUGAUGGAGCGCCCACGAUUAUUUUCCUUUCCAUUCCUUCCCCGGCGCAUUGUCCCUUCCUCAUACAGACAGUCCUUGGCUUACGACCACGAUUGAGGCCAAAAUUUUGGUUGCUAAGCGAGACAUUCGUUAAGUGAGUUUUGCCCCAUUUUACAACCUUUCUUGCCACAGUCGUUAAGUUAGUCACACGGUUGUUAAGUGAAUUCGGCUUCCCCUAUGGACUUUGCUUAUCAGAAGGUUGCAAAAGGGACUCCGGGACUCUGCGGCCGUCAUAAAUAUGAGCCGGUUGCCAAGCGUUCGAUCACGUGACCAUGGGGCGUAAGCAUGAAAAACGAUCGUCAGUCACUUUUUUCAGUGCCAUUGUAACUUCUUGUAAAUCAAGGACUUCCUGUAUACUAUCAGCAGAGAACUUGAAAACUCCAUUUCUGAAUCUUCAACCAGGUUGAAGUACAGUCUGGAGUGAGAUUGUUUGGGGACAAUGCAUUUCUCCCCCCUCCCCCUUUUUUUUUUUAUUUUUUUAUCCUGCUCCUUAUCCUUGCUUGUAAGCCUCCUAGUGUUGAUGUAGCGAGGAGGGCCGUAUAAAUUUCCGAAAUAAAUUCCCCAAUAAACCUGGCUUCCUCUCAAAUCUCUGAACUCACAAGACAGUCGGUUGGAAUUUUUUAUUAUUAUUUUUUUAUUCCUCCAAAGCGGACAACCGCUUCAUGCACCAGGAAUUCGGCAGACUUGACUUCUCACCAGCGUUUACUUGGAGAGUAAACAGCUGUUGUCUUGAGCAACAUAUUUGAGCCAUGAUGUUUUUCUCGUAGAGUUAGGAAGGGGUAGAAAGUACAUUGGAGCUAGUUAUUGCUAGGGCGGGAAGAAGACCUUAGAAAUUAAGGUUUAUUCCCUCUUUUUUUAAAGGGGUUUGCAGAGAAGCCACACCUAUGCGAAGGGUGGGGAUUAUGGCGCGAUCCUAUGCAUCUUAUUCCAAAAGAAAUCUCAGCCUUUCACUGGCGCGCUCUGGUCCCCAAGUUAUAAGGCUGGCUUGUGAAAGUGACCCUUUUUACAGACUAGCUCAGGGGUCUCCAAACUUGGUAGCUUUUAAGACUUGUGGACUUCAAUUCCCAGAGUUCCCCAGCCAGCAUAACAUAGCUGGCUGGGGAAUUCUGGGAGUUGAAGUCCACAAGGCUUAAAGUUGCCAAGUUUGGAGAACCCUGUACUAUAUAGAUAGAUAGAAAGAUAAAUAGAUAGAUAGAUAAACAGAGUGAUAUAUGUUAAAUGUUGGAAGUCUUACCGAUGGGCAAAAGGCAGGCUGGCCUCCUGUUGAUCUCAACCAAUUACUUAAUAGGACGUGUUAAUACACAAAGUUUUAAAAACUGGAGUUUCUCCCCCCCCUUUCUUUUUUUUUAAAAAAAUCCGUAAUACAUUUCACUGACAACUAAAAAAAAAAAAGUGAAAUAUAUGAGGAAAAGUCUUAAAUUUUCCCUUCCUCCUGAAAGGAUGUACCGAAAUUAUUUUUACCACGUUGCCUGAUCAGGCCUUAGAAUAUAUUGUAUGUUUAAGACUGUAGUAAUUUUUUUAAGGAAAAGAUACCUAUUAUUAGUUGAUAGCCUAAAAAUAAUUGUAAAUAGAAUUUAAAAGACGUUGUUAAUAGGCUACAACAAGUUAAUUCAUGUUGCAUUACUUUCCAUUUAUUUUAUUGUUCGUUUUAACAGAUUUUAUUAUUGCUUUCAUAUAUAUAUAUUUAUAUAUGCACAUAUAUGUGCAUGUAUACAUAUAUAAAUAUAUAAUCUUUAGUAACUAAUGAAUUUAAUUUUUGAAGGAGAGUUAGAGAAUGUUAAGAUUUUUAAAUACAUGUAUUCAACUCUUUUAGUUAUCUUCUAAAAACAGCAACACUGAAGCGCAUGCCAAGUUAAUAGAAAACAGAAAAAAUACAGUCCAUAAUUAGUUUGUAUAGUUUACAGUUUAAGAACAAACGGAAGAAUUAACUUUGUAUGUAACUCCUUACAAUGAUAGAUUCAUUGUUAACUAAUUAUAAUUAAGUUGUUGUUGCUAUGGCAACAAAACUACAACAUGGCUACCUUUGUAUACAUUAUUUGUGAAAUUUUCACAUGUAAAUUUAAAAAAAAAAAGUAAUGUGUAACAGUAUGGGUUUGUUUAAGGUACAGUUCAAUACUGUCGGAGAAAUAUAUGACUGAAUAUUUUUAAAAUCCCAAAGUCCCAUGUGAACGCUGGAUUUGUGUCUUCGACGUCACUUUUUCAGUCAAAAGUUUACAACACAUGGAUUUAGAGUCAGGUUUUAUAGCUUGUAGAAAUUGUUGUGUGGGUUGGGUUAUUCCACAGUAUUUUUCUCGGUGAGAGAAAUGAGAGAAAGGGUUGCCACGCAUUAGUUCCAUUUCCAAAUAGUAGAUAUUUUGGAAAGCGGAAUACAGAAUUCGGUCCACAGAUUCCCAGAAAGGUCCAAACAAAAUCAAGGGAACGUAGUAUUCUGCAAAAUUGAGGCCUUUUUCAUUUGGUUGGACUUGAUCUCAUUAAAUCUGCAUUGAAUUUUGCAGCCGUUGCCUUUUUUUUGUCCCUUUGUGAGGGAUUUCCCCAAUGAGAAACCAGUGGAUUUUUUUCCAAUCCUUGACGUUUUAAAAAUCAUCUGCCUAAGAGAAUCAUGUUCUGAGCCCAUGAAAUAAGGAUGUCCAAAUCAGGACCAGGAAAGAAAGACAAAUCUAUAUUUUUAUUUAUCAGCAGAAAAAAAAAGGAAGAGUUAAAAUAUGUAUGAGACACACAAACACACACACACACCUCAAAAAAAUACUGUGGAAUAACUCUGUGACAGUGUUGAAGAAACCAAUAUGCUGCAGUUAAAACUGAUUCAGUUGGUGUACGAAUGUGUGUGAGAAGUCUUUUUGCACUUAUGUACAUAGUCCACGAAAGAAAUCCUUGGAACUUAUUUUGAAUAUAUUAAAAAAAAAAAAAGGUCUGUAAUAAUACAAGGUAAAGUUUGUAAAAGAGAUUACUAAGGCUUUGAAAAGGAAGAGAUUUUUUGCUAUAAAACUUAUCUGAACGCAUGAAGUUGCUUUUGCUGUUCUCCAAGCUUUGUAGUUUGCCAUAUAGUUUGUAAUACAGCGGACUGGUCACUUCAACCUGCAGCUCAGAAGAAAACUCCAUAUGGGAAACAAAUACUUGACUUCAAAAUCAGGGUCACCCGCAAAGGUUCCUCCAGGAUGAUUUUCUAGCCACCCCUCUUUUGGGCCUUCCGAGAGGAGAGCCUGCUCCAAAGUGGAGCCCUUUCCGUCAUUCAUUCAUUCGUUCCAGGCUAGGUUUUGAAAUACCAGAAGUUGCCGUUGGAUAGAUCAUCUGUCCCGCCUGCUUCACCCUUAAACAAACCCCCAAAUUGUGGGUCUGGUUCACUCUCAACUAAGGCCUCCCCAGCUCCAGUAGGCUCAUACUGGCUGAGGGAUUCUGGGAAUUGGAAGUCCACAAAGUCUUAAAAGUUGCCAAAUUUGGAGACCCCUGGCUUAGGUUCUCCUAAGCAUCGAGGUCCUGAGAAUGGCUUUGCACAGAAUGUGGAGUUGACCCCAUAAGCCAGGUCCAGUUUUUAAGACAAGGGAACCUUUGCAUAGGCUUGUAACGAUUUUUUAAUAGAAUAACAAGAGUUGGAAGGGACCUUGGAGGUCUUCUAGUCCAACCCCCUGCCCAGGCAGGAAACCCUACACCACUUCAGAUAAAUGGUUAUCCAACAUCUUCUUAAAAACUUCCAGUGUUGGAGCAUUUUCUCACUGUCAGGAAAUUUCUCCUGAGUUCUAAGUUGCUUCAGAGAUCAAUGCCACAAGAAAAUGUACUUUUUUUUUCCUGUCUGGAUGUGCACAAUGUUAUCUGGAAAGAUGCGCAGACGAGUAUGAAUUGCCAGCUCAGAUGCACGUGCUAGCCAAAAAUGGAUAGAUCACAGUGGACUUAACCCAGUUUUAAAAUGAAAAAGCAUUCCAAACUAGGGGUUGGGAAGAGAGAGAGAGGAAGAUAAAUCUUGGUCAAGUUGAGAUGUGAAGUCAAGCUUCAUGGGUGAGUUGGGCGGCUAUAUAACCUUGUUUAAUAAAAGAUAAAAUAAAUAAACGUGCCAUUGAGCCCUCACUGCCAACGCCCAACAUUAAUCUCAGCACCAGGCUUAAAAGUUCAAGAAACUUUGGCCAACCUGACGUCCUCCAGUUGGGUUGACUUUCAACAUUCAGAAGCAGAAACUGGGCUGGUUGGGGAGUAACGUAGAAGAGCUGAAGUGCCACCUGAUCGAAGAAGGACACCCACUUCCUUAAGGCCCCUUCCCCCAGCCAAAGACCCAUCUGCAGGUCCUUCGGUUGGGGGAAGAGGUCUCUUUCGGGGGUGGGUGUCCUUUGAUUGUAAGCGGAGGGAGAGAAGCUCGACUCUUGUAGCCCCCUCCUCCCAGGAAACCUUUGCUGGUGACCCUCAUAGCCACGUGUCCUACAAUCAGAAGCUUCACGCCUUCCAAAGAAGGCCACGCAAAUUAAUCCCCCAAACUGCCAACAGAUCAUAACGAUUGAAAUGUCCAAAAAAGAAAAAGUGGUCUUUUUUUUCCAAACACACAACAGAGGGAAAUCACCUGACGUAGAAUUUACAUGGUUUCAGAUCUUUGUUACUGUACACAGAUGCUAUUUGAUAGUUGUGGAAGCCAAAUGAUUUUGUUGCCAUGGCUCUUGGUAUCCAAACGGCUGAGGGGACGACUUCUUCUGUUGCCUUCAUACGGGGAGGGGAGGAUAUUUCUGUUCAACUCGUUUUACAGUCACCGGGACCAAAAAUAAAACCUUCCAAAAUUCAGAAUGCCAAAACAACCUACUAUUGUGGCGAGGGUGAUUUAUUUUUUUUUAUUUUUUUUAAGGGAGGCCAGAUUUUAGUGCAGAAAUGUGAAUUCUGCUACAAAGAAAUCCAUGAUCAACAGCAGAUUUUUUUUUCUUUAAGCCAGAAAACCUCAAUCUUUGUCCAGGUUUCAAAUGCUUAAUUCAGACUUUUGCAUAAAAUCAAGAGGAGGAGGAGAGGUUUUUGAUCCUAAAGUCUAAUUUUUUUGUAAUUAUUUGGCUUGGGUCUCCCCCCCAAAAAACCCCGGCCAAUUUUGAAAAUUAAAAAAAAAAAGAAAGCUAAAAUGGUUGAAUAAAAAAUAUAAUCUUGCAAGGGACCAAAAGGAGACUCGGUAGAAAUCAGUUGAUUCGCUUUCAAUCUGGUUCCAUCGUGAUGCAAAUCCAGAUUAGUUCCAGUCUGUAAAAUUCAAGGCCAACAAGAAGAGAUCAUUCCCUCAGUUGUUAUGGAUGGAAUAUAUGCUUUGAUGUUUUUAUUUUUUUCCUUUUCGCCACAUUUAUAUUGCUAGAGUGCUUGUUUGUGCUUUCUAGAAACAUUGCAUAAUGCAACUCAUUUUACUAUGUUACUUCUAUAUUGUUAUUGUUUAUUUUUUUUCUCCCGGAUCUUUUAAUAAAGUGUAUAAAAUUCUCUCUGUAUGUUUUUUAUGAACCUAUAUCAACACAUUUAAUAAAUAGGACUUUACUUUUUAA